CUCUCUCUCUCUUUUUUUUUUUUAUCAAUCACUCUUUUUUACAACUUGUCUAGUUCAAUUUUUUUGUGAAAAAGAAAGGAAAAAAGUAUAAAAAAAGAAAAAAAACAUACACACGCUCACAAGGGAAACAGCAGAGAAAAAAAGAAUAAACGUUUUUAUCUAUUAUACUUUCUUUUUCAUACUAUAUAUAUAUAUACUCUUUCUUAUUUUUAAAUGUUUAUGAAUAAUACAACAAUGAAUGCUGGUGGUAGACAACAACAACAACAAGGUAAUGAUAGUAAAGAUCUGGAGCAAUUGAAGAGAAAUUACAGGUCAGCACUCUCCGAACUUACGUUCAACAGCAAGCCCAUUAUCACCAAUCUGACCAUCAUGGCUCAAGAAAACCAGGCAGCUGCAAGUAUCAUUGUUAGAGAAAUUGAAAAUCAAUUAAGAAAUAAUGCUUCUGGACAAAAACUACCUGUUCUUUAUUUGAUUGAUUCUAUUUGUAAGAAUGUUGGUGGCAUCUAUAUCUCCUAUUUCUCAAGAAACAUGGUCAAUGUCUUUUUAGACGCGUAUACUUUAACUGACACGACUGUUCGAAAGAGUUUUGAAAGGCUGCUUCAGACUUGGAAGAAUGGUAUGCCUGGUGGUCAACCUGUAUUUCCUCGUCAUGUGAUUGAACCAAUCGAAAGGUCCAUUGUCUAUAUUCGCGAAAAGACGCCUACUUCCAAGUAUCCUCAUCCUCCUAACAAACCUUCACAAGGUCACAAAGGUUCUUCUAAUAUGGUUAACUCUAUUCAUGUGAAUCCUAAUUUUGUUCACAAGGAUCAGCGUGCCAAUUUCGCUUCAAACAAUAAUAACAACAAUAGUGUUAGAGAUCCUCGUAACAGAAGUCCGCAAAUUACAGAAACCCCACCAAUAAGUAUGUCUAACCCUAUUCUUUCUCAAUUACAAUCCAUACUUCCUUCAACUCCUGUUCAGCAAAGCACAAAUGAUCCUGUUACGCAAAUCAUUAGUCAAAUCAAAGCUAUCUUACCCACUCUACCUCCUGCACAAGCCAGUUCCAUUGAGCAAUAUCUUGCCCAAAUUACUGCUUCUCCAACCUUAGGUGCUGCUGGUACGGCAUUUGCAAGCCCAUCUCCUACCUUGCCAAACCCUCGAUUAUCACAUCCUACUUCCUCUUCUUCUCCUUCAAUUCCUACUUCUAAUAUUGUAAACACACCCACUCCUCCUUUAUUAAAUAAUACUAUUGUGAGUACUUCUUUGAGUCCUCGUGUUGCUGCUACUCCCUCUGCUUCUUUGAAUUCAAAUGUAGAUACAGCUGAUUUACUAAAAAGUUUGACUUCCAUGGGUUAUCUUAGUCCUCAUGCUCCUCCUCCUGUUGCUGCUGCCACGAUUGAACCUGCAAUGACCACAGCCCCUGUAUCAUUAUCACCCACGCCAUCGCUUGAUGUCUUUGGUCCCUUUUUGCUGGACUCGAAAGAUUUACAGAUACCUCGUCCUGGUGCGAUUGAACUACUCUAUUCUGCAGAACCGCUUCAAUGCAAGCAAUGUGGUUUUCGAUAUCCUAAGACGGAAAAGGGACAAGCCAAGAUGGAUGCUCAUCUCGACUCUCAUUUCAGACAAAAUCGCAAGAUGAAAGAGAGAACCAAACGCGGUUUGUCUCGCUCUUGGUUUGUCACAGUUGAACAGUGGAUCAAUGGUGAAGGAGGCGAAUUGACACAUCAACAAGCUCCUACUUUCUUGCAUGAUGGUAUGGGUCAUGCUAAUCCCAAAUCCACUGAAAAAUUGAACCAAGCCAGCAAUGAAGACACGAUCAAUCCCGAUCUUUAUACAGUUGUGAUGCCCAAUGACGAUAACAGAAAGCCUUGUGCUAUCUGUGGUGAACGCUUUGUUGACUUUUGGAAUGACGAUGAAGAAGAAUGGAUGUAUAAAAACGCAGUGAUGGUGAAUGACAAGAUUUACCAUGCUACCUGUCAUGCAGAUGCCAUCAAGAGUGGAACUUUGGUUGAAGCAGACACUCAAAUGCAAGAUGUAAAUACCUUAAAACGUAAACUAGAUGAUCAAGAAGAACAGUUGACAAAGCAAGCAAGAACUCAAUGAAAUCGCAUUUUUUGAAUUUAAUAAAGCA